AUGCCUCCGAGAGACGCUGUCCAGACGGCGACGCAGUUAAGUGGAAGCGCUUCGGAAGGGGUUCAAAACGACACGAAAGUGCUCAAAAACAGACCAAAAGCAAGCGCACUUCGACAACAGAAACUUCCUGCAUGGCAACCAAUUCUGACUGCAACGACAGUCAUCCCAACCGUCUUUGUGAUUGGUGCCAUAUUUCUACCUAUCGGCGUUUUUCUGUUUAUUGCUUCUGAUUCUGUUUCUGAAUAUCCGAUCGAAUACACUUCGUGCUCACCAUCGCCAUGCCGAUUACAAAUCAAUUUACCCAACGCGUUCGAUGGUGACGUCUACUUGUACUAUAACCUGGAAAACUACUAUCAAAAUCACCGCCGAUAUGUGAAGAGCCGGAAUGAUCAGCAAUACUUGGGAGAUUUAACUAACGUAAAAGAUUGUGCUCCAUUCGACUACGACCCAGAAACGAAGAAACCAAUCGCUCCAUGUGGUGCAAUCGCCAAUUCUAUUUUCAACGACACCUUCACCCUCACCUACCAAUCGGAGACUGGCCUACCCAUCGAAGUUCCAGUAACGACUCAAGGUGUCAUAUGGAAUGUGGAUAAAGAUCGCAAAUUCAAAAAUCCGCCGCUGAAUGGAGGCAAUUUGUGUGACGCAUUCAAGGAUACCGUAAAACCACCAAAUUGGAGAAAGAAUCCCUGCGAUGUGGGUGGAUUCGAGAAUGUUGACUUCAUCGUUUGGAUGCGAACGGCGGCUCUCCCAUACUUCAAAAAGUUAUGGAGAAUUGUUGAUAGAAACUUGAAUCCUGCAUUUACCAAUGGUUUACCUAAAGGAACUUAUGUGCUGACUGUUGAAAAUAAUUAUCCCGUUCAAUCCUUCGGUGGCAAAAAGUACUUUGUUAUAUCAACCACCAGCUGGGCAGGAGGAAAGAAUUCGUUUCUCGGAAUAGCAUAUCUCGUAGUUGGAUGUCUUGCAAUUGUACUAGGAGUUGUCUUUGUUUUUAUUCAUUUAAAAUUCGGUCAUUCAAUGAACGAAUUGAGCAACGUCUCGGGAGUACAUCACUGA